AUGCAAAAGGGUAAUCCUAUCAAGAACGUGAGUGCAACUUCAGCGAUUGAUCUCAAAGCCGAACUGGCUCAACACUUGGAUCAAUUCGAAAAGACACGAUCAAGUCAAGGCAAACAAGUAACAGCGCGUCGACCAGACAAAAAACCUACUGUUUGGUCAAGACAAAACAAGGGCAUUCAAGAUCGCAGCAAGAAUGACACACUGGCAUUACCUGCUGUCGAGACCGAUGUUCUUGUUCGCAGUCGAGAACAACUAGAGAAAAAAGCUAGAUAUUACGAAGCUAUGCAAGCAGGCGAAAUUGAGUUUGAUGAAGAAGACGAAGAAAAGAUGCCAUUGAUUGACUUUGAUAAAAAGUACAUGCAAGAGCGCGAACUAGAAAAAGAACAUACAAAGAACAAAAAGAGACGUACCGAUAGCCAAGAAGAUAGCGAUCCAUGGGUAGAGAUUGAAGACGAGUUUGGACGUACACGUAUUGUACGUCAAAGUCAAGUGGGUUCGACAAUGAAUCCUGAAAAAGAAGAAGAAGAAAAGAGAGAGAAACUACGACCUUUACUGGAUUAUGAAAAGGCAGAUAGAUCCAACUUGAAUCAUUAUGAAGCAGAUCGAGAAAUCAGAACCAAAGGUGUUGGUUUUUAUCAGUUUUCGAAAGAUGAACAAGAACGUCAGGCCCAAAUGGACAAACUUAAUAAACUUAGGCAAGAAACAGAACAGGCACGUCAAUCUACUGUCUCUGCUGCCAAUAAACGCAAGCAAAUGAUGACACAGAAUGCAGCCAAGAUUCGUGCUCGAAAAGCUGCUUUACAAGCCAAGAAGCACCCAUUGACACCAGACAAAGUACCCACAGUUCAGCCAACAGUCGAUGAAGCAAGUGUGACGGAUUUCCUUCAAUCCAUACGUAAAGAAUUAGAGUAG